AUGACUUCUUUUAUCCCCCUUCUAUUUCUUUUAUUCCUCUACCUUUCUUUUAUUUCCCUUAUCUUUCUUUUAUUCCCCUUCCCUUUCUUGUAUUAUCCUUCCCUUUCUUUUAAUCUCAUUCACUUUGUUUAUUCCCCUUCCCUUUCUUUUAUUCCCCUUCCCUUUCUUUUAAUCUCCUUACCUUUCUUCGAUUCCCAUUCCCUUUCUUUUAUUCCCCUUCCCUUUCUUUUAUUAUCCUUCCCUUUCUUCGAUUCCCAUUCCCUUUCUUUUAUUCCCCUUCCCUUUCUUUUAUUCUCUUUCCCUUUCUUUUAUUAUCCAUCCCUUUCUUUUAUUCCACUUCCCUUUCUUUUAUUCCCCUACCUUUCUUUUAUUCCCCUUCCCUUUCUUUUAUUCCACUUCUGUUUCUAUUAUUCUUCUUACCUUUCUUUUAUUCUCAUUCCCUUUCUUUUAUUAUCCUUCCCUUUCUUUUAUUCUCUUUCCCUUUCUUUUAUUCCCCUUCCCUUUCUUUAA